AUGUCUUCGGGCUCUGAAGACGACAAGCCGCUCGCCAAGGUCAACGGCCACGCCUCGGCGCCGACCAUCUCCAAGGCCGAUGAUCGUGCCAUGGACGCUGCUGAUUCCAAGGUUCAUAUGGCUCCCGUUGGUGUCUCCAUCCGUAAUGGCCCCGUCGACCAGGACAGGAUGGACAUCGACUCCUCAGUAAGCGGUCAGGCUAAGCGCAAAUCGCGGGCAUCCAUUGAUCAGUCCAUCAACUAUAAGGAUGACUCCAGUGAUGACGAAGCACCCUUGAUCGCCGCAAAGAAGGCCAAUAUCGAGAAGGAAGCCGCUAAGGAAGCCAAGAGUAUUCGUGCUGGUACCAAGGCCAAGAAGCCUGCUGCUAAGAAGGCCGUCAAGGAUGAAUCCUCCGAUGACGAACCCCUUGCGAAACCCACCAAGCGACAGGUCAACGGCACAGCUGCGAAGAAGACGAAUGGUGUGAAGAAGGAAGAGUCUGACUCGGAUGUGCCCAUCGCUAAGCGGGCGAAGAAGGCACCUGCCGCAAAGCCUGCUGCAAAGCCGGCUGCAAAGGCUGCCACGAAGGCUGCCCCGAAGGGCAAGGUUGCCGCUGUCAAGAAGUCCGUCAAGGAGGAAUCGAAGGACAUCACCGAUGAGGACGAUGAGGAAGAGGAGUAUAAGUGGUGGGAGGAGUCGGCAAAGAAGGAAGAUGACAGUAUCAAGUGGACCACCUUGGAGCACAACGGCGUCAUCUUCCCCGAGGAUUACCAGCGUUUGCCCAAGGACGUUAAACUGCUCUACGAUGGAACGCCGGUCGAACUCGAUAUCGAGGCCGAGGAAGCUGCGACCUUUUUCGGCUUCAUGCUUAACUCGACGGUGAAUGUUGAGAACCCAACUUUCCAGAAGAACUUCUUCAGGGACUUCAAGGAGAUCCUAGAUCGGACAGGUGGCGCCAAGGACAAGAAUGGCAAAAAGGUUGACAUCAAGGAAUUCGAAAAACUCGACUUCUCCCAGUUGUGGGCUUACAAAGAUGCUCAAACGAAGGCUAAGAACGCCCGGUCGUCAGCAGAGAAGAAGGCCGAGAAAGCCGAAAGGGACAAGAGGGACGCCCCCUAUCUAUAUUGCAAGUGGGAUGGGCGAAAAGAAAAGGUUGGUAACCCCAGAGUGGAAAUUCCAGGACUUUUCCGCGGUCGCGGUGAUCACCCCAAGACCGGGUGUAUCAAGAAGCGUGUUUUGCCAGAGCAAAUUACCAUCAACAUCGGCAAAGAGGCCAAGGUCCCAGAGCCGCCAGCUGGCCACAAGUGGAAGGCCGUUCAACAUGACAACAAGGCAACUUGGCUCGCGAUGUGGCAAGAGAACAUCAACGGACACUACAAGUAUGUGAUGUUGGCAGCAAACAGUACUGUGAAGGGCAAGGCCGAUUUCAAGAAGUUCGAAAAGGCCCGUGAGCUCAAGAAGUACAUUGAUCGCAUCCGUGCCGAUUAUACCAAGGAUCUCAAGAGCGAGGUCAUGGCUGACAGGCAACGCGCAACGGCCAUGUACCUCAUUGACAAGUUCGCUCUCAGAGCCGGUAACGAAAAGGAUACCGAGAACGAAGCCGAGACUGUCGGUUGCUGCUCUCUCAAGUACGAGCACGUCACCCUCAGGGAGCCCAACACUGUCAUUUUCGACUUCUUGGGCAAGGACAGUAUUCGUUUCUACAACGAGUUCACGGUCGAUCGCCAGGUCUUCAAGAACCUCAAAAUGUUCAAGAAGCCUCCCAAGGAGGACGGAGAUGACAUCUUUGACAGACUGACGACAACCCAACUCAAUAAGCACUUGUCGAGCUACAUGCCUGGGCUCACGGCAAAGGUUUUCCGUACUUACAACGCAUCGUACACCAUGUCCAAGCUGCUGCAGGAGCUCAAGGUGACGAAUGCCACUGUACAUGAAAAGGUUAAGCUCUACAAUGACUGCAACCGCCAAGUUGCUAUUCUUUGCAACCACAAGCGUACUGUCGGUGCUAGCCAUGAGCAGCAAAUGAAGAAACUUGUCGAGCAGAUCAAGGGUUUGCGAUACCAGAAAUGGCGGACAAAGAUGAUGAUGCUCGACCUUGACCCCAAGCUCAAGAAGAAGAAGGGUGCUGCCUACUUUGAGCUGGAUGAGGACUUGACAGAGGAGUGGGUCAAGUCUCAUCAGGAGUUCCUCGUUGAGGACCAGAAGGCCAAGAUCAACAAGAAGUUCGAAAAGGACAAUGAGAAGCGGAUAGCCGAUGGCGAGAAGCCUCUGCCUGCCAGCGAGCUCAAGGAGCGACUCAAGGCGGCAUCCGAGCUAGAAGCCAAGUUCAAGAAGGAGAACAAGACCAAGAAGGUCGAGGCUGAAGGCAAGGGUCCUUCUGUCGAGAAGCUGGAGGCAGCUCUUUUGAAGCUUGAUCAACGUAUCCAGACCCUGGAGCUCCAGUCCGCGGAUCGUGAAGGAAACAAAGAGGUUGCUCUUGGCACCUCCAAAAUUAACUACAUUGAUCCCCGUCUUACGGUCGUCUUCUCGGCCAAGUUUAAUGUGCCUAUCGAGAAGUUCUUCUCCAAGACGUUGCGCGAAAAGUUCAAGUGGGCUAUCGAGUCUGUCGGAAACGACUCGACGUGGGAGUUCUGAGGUUGGCCAAGCAUCGUCGUUCGAAUUCUGAAAAGUCAUUCAAACAAGCCGUUUCUAUAGACAACAACAUGAAUGUUCACGUUGUUAUUAUGCGCCUUUCACUCAAUCAUACACGGAAUAGCC